CGCAGACGCUACCGCAGGGUUGGAUGAGCGAGAGCCCUGCUGGGCUACGCUUACCGCAGCUCAAAGCUGUGGACGUCGUGUCCUCGUCAACUCUACCACGCCGAACGUCGUUGAACUCGGGGAUCGAAUCCAAGGGAGGGGGAGGGGGCGGUAGUGCCCCCGUGUCACCACGGCCGACACCUCCUCCGUCAAGAUCAGACAAGUUGCAAACGGGCACAGGGCGAAUACCCAAACCGCCACCCCCCCAACAACAGCCCUUGGACGACGGAUCAGCUUCGGUGGCCGUUGGUCACAGCAAAAUCGUCGCUACGACCAUCAAACUGAACCAAGUUCAGCCACUAGGGUCUUUGCAACCCCUGCCAACGACGACACAGCCAUUGUACGCCCCACAAUCGACGCCCAACACCACGACCGACCUUUCCCUAAUUACAACACCCUCCACAAAUUUGAGUCCGCCAAAAACUCACCACCUCCCGUCACUGUUUGCCAGCAACCACGAGCGAUCCGAUCGCAAACUUGACUUGGAACAGCGCAUCUCCAAGCUUGAGCUGGAUCACUUUCCCGCCCAUCACGACCACACACACUUUGCCCACGACGACGCCGAACGGUACUCGGACAUGACACUGGACGAAUACAUGGUCUACGCCAAGACGCUGGACCUUCCUCAGCUUCAAGCCCAUCACUCCAAAUUGUUCAAACUCGUGCGGCAGUACCAAGGCCUGUUCAGCGUCGCCAGUGCCAUCUCGGUGGAGAUCGACAGCAACGGCGCCCUCGCACGCAUCGUGUCGGGGGUCCACCGUGUGAUGCCUGUCGAGAGGGUGCUGCUUCUCCUUGUGCAUCGCAAACGAAGUGUGCUGUGUGGGACUGUCGGCGGCGCGGACAUCGAAGUGCCAUUGGCUGCAGGGAUCGAAGGGGAGGUAGUCACCCACGGCAAAGCGAUGAUGAUCAACGACGCCCCCAACGACGCGCGCUUCGACGCGACGUUGGACACUCUGUCCAACUUUACCACUCGCAACGUCCUGUGUGCGCCUGUGACAGACCCCCAGGGAAACAUCAUGGCGGUGCUGCAGUGCGCGAACAAAGCCGCGCCGUUCACGAGCAGCGACUGCCUCAGCUUGGAGCUGAUUGCGCUCAUUGCAGGCCACACGUUGCACAAACUCGAGUUGUUUGAUAGCGCCAUGUCGGCUGGCCGGCGCACGUCUGCGAUUUUGCAAGUGGUCAAGGCGGUGGCGGACGAAAACCAUGACACACAUGGCAUGAUCCUCCGCGUGGUUCAAGUUGCCAAGGACGCGCUCAACUGCGACCGGCUCACUUUGUACUUGUGCAACAGCGUGCGGCGGGAGCUCGUGUGCUUCGUGUGCCGGGACUCGAUGGUCGACCGAUUCUGUCUGCCCUAUGGGAAGGGCCUCGCAGGCCACGUCGCCACCACGGGCAAACUCCUCCGCAUUGCCAACUGUUACGACGACCCACGGUUCCACCCGGACGUGGACGUCAAGUCGGGGUACAAGUCAGUCUCCAUGCUGUGCGCGCCCGUGAUCUCGGCUGACGGCAACACGAUCGCCGUGCUCCAAGCAAUGAACAAAUCGUCUUGGCCCAUUCCAAGCAACUUCACGGGCACGGUCCCGUCAGCGUCCAUCACGGCGUUCCUCGACAGCGACGUGGCGCUCUUGACAGCGUUUUGCACAGAACUCGCGGGGUCCCUUCGCAAGUCAACGCUCGAAGUACUGUAUCACAACGUGUACAGCGACAUGCACAAAUCCAAACGGCGAGACUCGGUGACGCUCAUGGUGUCAUCACUACUGGGCGUCCACUCAAACGAGAAGGGCAUGUCGCACAGUUGGAGCCGCAAAGGAUGGAAAAUCUCGGGGCUCGUCAGUCUCGCGGCCACCAAGUUUAUGAACUCGCUGGCCAAACGAAGGAGCGAGCCGUUCGUCCCCGACGCCGCCGCCGCCGUUAGUCUCGGCCGCGGCAGCAUCGGACGGGGGUCCGAGGGCAAGUCAUCGUCCCACGAAACGCUGCACGCGGUGUCGGCAGAGUGGCGCAGUAAACAGCACGGAUUUGACGACUUUACCUUUGACAUUUUUACAUACACCCACGACCAGCUGGCAGUGCUGGUGGUGCAAGGGUUUACGCAAAUGGGGUUGUGCAGUAUCUUUUCGAUUCCGGACGAAAUUGCCGUACGUUUCGUCGAUACCGUGAGACGCGGUUACCGCGACAAUCCAUAUCAUUCGUGGUGGCACGCUGUGGACGUGUACCAGCACGUGUUUGCAUUGCUCAAUCGCACGCACUUGCUGUCCAUGUUGCAGCCCAACAUUGUGUUUGCCAUGUUGGUGGCAGCGCUGUGCCAUGACAUUGGUCAUCCCGGCACGGACAAUGCGUAUGAAAUCGCCACAGGCUCGGCGUUGGCGAUUCAGUACAACGACAUGAGCGUACUGGAGCAGCACCACGCGAGCGAAACGUUUCGGAUCUUGCACCUACCGGCGUGCAAUAUCCUACUGGGGGUGAGCAAGCCCGGGUAUCAGACCAUACGAAAGCUCGUCAUCGACGGCAUUCUCCAAACCGACAUGAAGUGCCAUUUUGAUCUCGUCCACGACCUCGAAGAUGCGGUCGUCCGUCGGCAAAAGAAUUUGGACAUGUUUGACAUUGCGAACGCCACGCACGUGAAAUGGCUCACAGGGGCCAUCUUGCACGCGUCGGACAUUGGCGCCCAAACGUACCCCGUUGCGAUUGCAGGACAAUGGUCGAAUCGACUGGUAGAUGAGUUUCGGCUGUUGGGGGAGAAAGAGCGCAGCGAGGGGCUGCCGGUGGCGCCUUUCCGAGACAACCUCACGACGAGCAAGGCCGUGGGUCGCCUUCAGCUCAACUUUAUCAACUACAUCGUGACCCCUAUCUGGCACCUUCUCAUCGACAUGUUUCCUGACGCGGGGGUCCUCCGCGUGAACCUGGACGAGAACCGCACGCACUUUCAAAAUCUUAUCCUCGAAGAUGCCCCCAAGCUGUCGUCGUCCGGGGGCAGUGACCCCCUCCUUGCUACGGCCUUGUCGGCCUCUCGGCUGUCUAAACCAGAGCUCCGGCGGUCCAACUCGAACGACAGCGACAUCGUGCUGAACCAGCAGCUCCACCACCAGUUGUCCAUGAUUAUGGAUGCCCCGCCCAAAAUGCGAAGAAGUCAGACGUUUGGGCGACAUACAAACCAACACCUGCGGCACCUCAACGCGUCGUCUAGCCAAGCCAACCUCUCUACCCCGUAUCUGUACGCUACACGACCACCGUCACUGGGAUCGAGCUGUUCCAAAGAUAGUUUGCACCGACCCCCAAGCAUGCCUCGGAUCCUCAGCUCCAACACAUCGCAAGCCACCGUCUCAUCCAAUGAUGGAGGAGAUAAGAUGAACAUCGCCCAGAUGACUUUUGACAAACCCGCAUGACACAAUAAAAGUUGGUUGAUAUUAUUAACACAAAACGAAUCUAUUGGUCCCCAAUAUCCUCUCCCAUUGGCCAAUUUGAAAAGGCUUGUUGCUGAUUGGUUACAUUGCUUUGGAUGUUAGCCAAUCCAACGUCUUGGCGCGGUUUCUGUACGGC